AUGGAAGUCGCGUCAUUGAAAAUUUCGUUGUCGGAAUGCAAGGAAGAACUACGUAGAGGGAUAGAAGCAGUGAAGGACCAGAAGGAAAACAUGACUAAAAGGGAGAUUGAGUUACGUAGAAGUUUGGAGUCGAAUCUUGUCAGUCACAAUUUAUCGACCUCUCAUAAUCUUAUCAACGCGUUCCAAUCGUUAUCUUCUCAGAUAGAGACGAUUCAGAAGACUAACCUAUCGGUUGAGCAAGUAGCUGACAUCCAACACAAGAUCGGAGAACUCACAGCUACUAAUAAACAUCUGGAAGAGAAGGUUAUGGAAUAUGAGGAGAGGGAGAAUACUCUAGCAAAGCAGUUGGCCGAGGCACAAGGUAAUGCUGAAGCGGCUAAAGCAGAACUAGUAGAAUUGCAGAAGAAGCUUGUUGAAAUCGAGGGUAGCUCAUCACUAACGCAUCAAUACUUGUUGGAGGAGUCGAACAAGAUCAAACAGCAAAAAGCAGCGCUCAGGUGUGAAUUAAUAGCGCUCCGUCGAGAUUAUAAUAAGCAGAAGGAAAAACUUGAAGAGCUGGAAUCGAAUAAAACGGUGAAGCUGGAAUCGAAUAAAAUGGACGGGAAAGAACUGGAGAACCUGCGAGCGGAGUUGUCUUCAUCUCGGCGACGUGAGGAGCAUCUUAAAAGUGAAGAGACUCGACUAAAAGACGAGCUUCAAUCCGCGCAACAGAAAAUAAAGGAGCUCGAAGAUGCUCUAAGCUCAGCGCAACAGGAGCAAAGCGAGAUAUCAGUGGAGCAGAACAUCAAUCGCGAAUUACGUGAGGAACUCAAGAAAACUGAGGCGAAGGCGAUCGAACUCACUCAAAUGAUGGAAGACGUGGACGCACAGUGUGAACAGUUCAGG